UAGAUAUAAUGGAAUUUUUGUAGCUAGUAUUAAACCUGCAUGGUUAUUAAUAGCAAAUAAAUAUUCUAAGAUGGUGACUGGAUUACAACAUAUCGUGAGUUUAAAUCCCAAAGCUUUCAG